AUGAAAAAGAAUGAGACUAAAGAAUAUUAAGCAGUAGAAUAAAUUUUAAGUAGUGAUUUCUACAAGGUGGAUGUAGUGGAAUUAGCAUAGAAAUUGAUAGGUAAAAUAAUAAUAAGAUAAUUACCAUAAGGAGAAGGGAGAGGAAUAAUAGUAGAAACAGAAGCAUAUAAAGGUAUAUAAAAAUAUAGGAUAUAAUUAGCUCCUGAUGAUAAGGCUAGUCAUGCUUACAACAAUAAAAAAACAGAGAGAACAAAAUAUUUUUGGUAGGAUGGAGGUCAUUUAUAUGUUUAUUCAAUAUAUGGAAACAAUUAUUGCUUAAAUAUUACAGCAGCAAGUAAGGAUGAUCCAGAAGCUGUAUUAAUUAGAGCAAUUCAACCUUUAAGUUUCGAUAUCAUUAAGGAAAUAAGAAAAACAAAAUCAUCAAAAUUAUAAGAUAUUCAAAUGGUCCUGGAAAAUGUGGUGGUUGUUUACUUCUUAAUAAAUCUUAUAAUGGAUUAAAUUUAUGUGAUAAUAAAAGUGGAAUGUAUCUAUUAGACAACAAUAAAUAAUAUGAUAUUGGUGUUUCAGCUAGAAUCAAUAUUGAUUAUGCAGAUGAAUGGAAAGAUAAACCUUGGAGAUUUUAUAUUAAAAACAAUAGUUUUGUAUCUAAAGGUUGAUUAUUAUUAGUAUAUUUAAUAAAAACAUAAUACUAUAAAGAUUUCUAUUCUCUUCUUUAAUUAUAUUGGAUAAUUUGUAAUAACAUAAGGAGAAGAUAAUAAAUUUGGAUGA